AUGGCAUUUCGCUUCGGUAGCCUCCCACGAGAAAUCAGGGAUAUGAUCUACAAAGAAUAUUUCGACCUAUAUGAAAAGCGUGGAGCUUUCUUCGUGAACGUCAGCAUCACGAUACUUCUGCUAAACAGACAAAUUCAUGAAGAAGCGGUCCAAGUCCUUUACAGUACCACAACAUUCUACUUCAACGACGAGCUGUACGGCGCGGCUCGCAGAGUUGAAGCACAACAUCCUUGCCGGAGGUGCAAGAGGGGUCCUCACCAGAUCUUGGUCCUGCAAAGUGAUUACCUAGGCAUUCACGAAUGGCUUCAAGCAAUAGGCCAACGUAACCGAGACCUGAUCCGCUCGGUGCAAAUGUAUUUCAUUGGCGCUCGGUAUACCAAGGCCCGUAGUCUCAAUGAGACUUUUCAUCACCAUGACAAGGGCCUUGACCCGCAGGCAGGUGCUGACCUACAGAAGGCUGUAGCUCUCCUUUCCAAGAACGGAGGUCACUUGAAGAAGCUGAAAAUCACGAUGGCCGAACCACACAAUCCUUUUACAGAUCAAGGUGUGCAACACAGCGUAAUCCCCGGGCUUAUCAUUCAAUCUACGCAAAAGGCUUUUCGCAACCUCUUUUUACCCAAUACGUCCAUGCAGAGAGCAUUUGGUAGGUUCCGCGGCCUCACCUCAUUUGAAUUUGGACUCGUUGGCACGAAAUAUCUCACCUACUUCCCAGACUGCACAGACAUGCCGGGGACACAUUGGACAGAGGGGAGGCCGCGUCAAGAUCUCAUGAAGGUAGCCCGCCGUGGCUUGAAACAAGUUCGUGAGCAGGUAAUGCUGGAGAAGGUCUGA